UUCAUUGUUGUUAAUCUGUUGUCGUUGAAUCUGGCUGUCACGUGUUUGAGGCAAAAUGGAAGCUGACUGAAAGAAGUGUGGACAAGGUGUGUUAGGCCAUUUGCCGAGCUUAUGUCGGGUAUAAGGGUGGAUGGGUGGGUGAGGGAUGGGUGGAGGUUGGGACACACACUGUGUUGUAAGUGGCCCACUGUGACAAUGUGCCAUCAGCGCGUGCAAAAUGACUCCCAGACUUCCUCUCCAUACCUCCUUCCCAUAAUUUCUUGAUACUUCCUUUUCAUACGUUCUCUCCACACUUCCCUAACUUACGUUGGAAAUUUCCCGAACACUAGUCAGUUCAAUACCCUUGUGAUGCAGUAGAUUCCCCCCACGCCAUCCCGACUCGUUGUCCCGUGAGGGAAGUGGGCACUUGACUCCGUGUAAGGUCGGGGAAAGUAAGGCAGCGACAGAGGGAGAAAGAAAGAGAGGAGCAACUCCUACCCACCCCUCACACAAUGCUGACCCUGAAACUGAGGGGUCACUUUACCAACCACCCAACGUUUGAAAACAAAACUAUUCUGGAUUCAACCUUAGACUGUAAGUGACUGUAGAAACAAGGGUAUGAUGCUUGUUGGGUACAAAGGUGAUUGCGAGUCUUAGUCGUUCAUUCCAUACCCUGCAGGCGUGGGCAUGUAAACUAUUAACAGACAAUAAAAUAACACAAAAAUAUAAAACAUAUUUAUUAAACCUUUUCCGAAAAUAGUUGUGUCUGCCAUCAGUAACAUUACAACAUCACUUGACAUUAAACAUCAGCACAGGGUGUAAAAUAUCACAAAAUGUUUUCAUCAGUUGCCAUGCAGUUCUCUAAUUGUAAUCUUAUAGGUAAGUGUGGACAAUUUGUAUCUAUUUACAUUGCAGCUCAAAAUAGGAAAACAAGCAGCACAAUUAUAGAGUUGCACCAUAUUGUCCUCGUUAGAUCGCUUGAUGUUGAAGCACGAGCUGUUAUAGCCGUGUACAGUGUACACGUGUACAACACGGGUCACGAGCUGUAGAUAACAUGGGAUUUAUUGAGUACAACACAGUGUGUACAACACGGGUCACGAGCUGUAGAUAACAUGGGAUAUAUCCUGUACACUGAGUACAAAAUAGGUCAAAGGCUUCACAGCAGCUGUACACGACCAGGUAUUGACUGCUGAACGAGAAACAGGGGUCAACAGGUGCGAUUUAUACCUGGCAAAACUUUUGUUCAGGUCGGGGAAUCAUUGACCCAUCGUCUAGACUACCUUCAACACAAUAUAUUUACAAUGUGUUUCUUGAUUAAAAGAAAAAGGUAAAGGUCCUAGAUAACCUUUUAUUUUUAGGUUGCAGGAGAGGGAGGUUGCCCUACCUUACCCUUACCAAGUCUGUAUGGAGUCAGCACCCAUCCCCGACAGGUGGAUCCACAGGUGACAGGUUGCUGCGCCCCACGGGUAUCACACCGGCCAGGGCUCUGUUUAUGGACACACACUGAAAACAUUGACGAGGGGAAGGGCUAACAACCUUCACCUGGGAGCAAAGGGCAAGCACCCUAUAGGUCACUCGGACAAUGUUUUCAAGCCUCAGGACAAAUCUUUAGCAAGAGAAACACAAAGAGCGGAUCGGCAGACGCGUACAGCGGAAGGAACACCGACUUGGAUGAUGAGGAGGAGGAUCAUUGUGCCCUCUCCCCCUCCUAUUGCAUCAGCCCCUGCUAACCACUCCACUAACCCUCGAGGUCCUGGUGUCGUCACGGCGCGUGCAUCCGCCGGCAAAGCACAGGGCGCCGUGUGUCGGGCCCACUGAUACCACGUGGUGCGGGGCCCACACGACUGACGUGUGAACACCAGUUUGGCUGUUACCCAAGGGGGCCACACUUGUGUGUUGUGACCGGAGAAAGGUCGAAAGUGUGUCCUAUAUCAGUGCAGGAAGGAGAUAUUCCUAGUGUGGCAAGUCGUCAGAGUGAACAGACAACCGUUGUGUGACAGCUCGCGGGACUACAUCGUGUGUCUGUGUGUUGGAUAUGUCACACACGGAGGGUCAAAGUUCACGAUCGACCGACACAUCUGUUCAACUCCUAGAGGUAAGGCUGCCGACUGUUGUUGCCCAGGCUGCCGACUGUUGUUGCCCAGGCUGCCGACUGUUGCUGUAGAUGAUGUCCAAACUUAGAAACAGCUUCCGUCGCAAAUCCUCGCGACCUCCUCGAGGGACUGUUGAUGACGACGUCGACUCCCCACGUCGCCUGGUGCGACUGUCGGUGUCAGGCCCUAGCGCCAGCAGAGACAGCUCCACCAAUCGGAAGGGGCGUGACAGUCGCACCACGUCGGCCGCAGCCAAUGGCGUGGACCCUUCUGUCACGUUGUGUCCCAACAGCCAAUGGCAGAAGACCUCGCUGACUGUGAUGGAGUGUAACCGAACCAUGUUUAACCGCCAGCUCAAGUGUGACGUCACGUUCCUGGUGGGCCGCAGUCCGGCAGCAGUGGGCGCCCACAAGUAUCAGCUCAUCGCUCGAAGCCCCGUUUUCUUCCGCAUGUUCUGUGGGCCCAUGGCCACCACCGGGCCGGUCCACAUCACAGACGUUGAGGAGGACAUUUUCAGAAUUUUCCUGGAGUUUUUAUACGUCGACAAAGUGUCCUUGACCUCCGACAACGUGACGUCACUGCACUACCUAGGCCGGAAGUACGACGUGGAGCCUCUGGUUCAGCAGUGCCUGGAGUUCCUGCACGCGCGCUUGACUGCGGACACGGCGUGCACCAUCCUGGAGCAGGCGCACUGCUUCGAUGAGCACGAGCUGUACAAGACGUCCUUCGAGUUCGUGGCCGUCAACGCCGAGCUGUGCCUGGCCAGUCCUUCCCUCCACGACCUCUGUCGGGAGUGCCUGGAGCGGCUGCUGGGGUUGGAUGACCUGGAGGUCAACGAAGGGACGGCCUUCGCAGCUGCUUUGUCUUGGGCGGAAGCGGCGCUGGAGCUGAAGCAGGAGGAGAUCAGCGCGAAGAACGUGCGGUGCGAGCUAGGUGGCGCCCUCUACCUCAUCCGCUUCCCGUCUAUGACCUUCGAGACCUUGCAGGAGCGUGUGCUGCCCACGUGCGUGCUCAGUGCAGAGGAGGAGAAGGCUGUCGUGGAGUACAAGAGGAGGCAGCGGGCGUCCGCAGCGCCUUUUGCUUCCCUCGGCCGCAGGCGGAGGCUGCACAGGUUCAAGAAGGUCAGUCGAGUCCGCUGCAACAGUCGCCCGGAUGAUGCCCAGUGGACAGCUGCCAUCACCUUUACCUGUGACCAGGACCUGCUUCUCCAUGGCACGCGCUUGUUCGCCUGCACCAGGUCAAGUCAGGUGGCAGAUGUACACGUCUCCCUCCUGCACCAGCGAGACCAGCUGGAGCUGUACAACAGCAUGCCGGUCUACCCUCAUGAGUUCACCCUCAGUCUGGAGCUGGAUGGUGUCCAGAGCGUCGACAUCGACCUGCCCCACCCCUGGGAACUCCUGGCCCAUGAAGAGUACACGCUGGUCGUCCAAGCCGUGAUGUCCACGUGCUAUGCCGGAAGUGAAGGCAUGGCAGUCGUCACUCAAGAUGAUGUCAUUUUCCGCUUCCGGGAUGCGCAGAUCAAGAUGAACAACACGACUGUAUCUGACGGCCAGAUCGCCUGCCUUCUGUAUUCAGUUCGUUGAUGAGCACUGAACUGCAAUGUGAACUUAUAAGGCCAGGACCGUGGUCGCAACAGUUAAUCCAGAUGGUCAUUGUCUAUGGACAACAGUUAAAUCCAGAUGGUCAUUGUCUAUGGACAACAGUUAAAUCCAGAUGGUCCUUGUCAGCGGACAACAGUUAAAUCCAGAUGGUCCUUGUCUGUGGACAACAGUUAAAUCCAGAUGGUCCUUGUCUGUGGACCUCUACUAUCACAGAACUCCUCUGACGAUGAAGUUGUGGUGAUCGCUAGUUCUCAGUCACAGAAAAGGUACAUUGACACGACAGAGAACUGGAACUCUAGGACAGGGCAGUUAUGAUCCGCAGCACCACAUCCAUAGUAUUUUUCAGACAUUUCAUUGGCGUCCACUUCAAGCAACGUGUACUGACAUCAAUACAAAAACAUUUUAAAAGCUCUGUGAUGUUUCUACCCAGCGAAAGCAUUCCUGGCUGUUAACCGACCCUUUGUAAACUGUUAUUUGCUGAAUGUUGACGCCCCGGCGGUGUCCGUCUACUCGUGCAGUGAUGUAGGGAAAUCUCGAACAAAAAAAAAAAAAAAAAUAAAAACAAAACUCGUCUAAUGAGACGAGUGGCACAAGGACUGCAGCAAGCAUAUAAUCUUCGAGAAAGUCAGAGAGAAAAGACAGGGAUAAUCUAAUACGGGAAGAAAGGGGAGAGUCUUGCACAAUGGAUGAACUUCCUGGAUGUGUGUGAGAAAAAGGAAAAAAUGGUAGCGCAGGAAAAUUCUUGCAAUAUUUAUUCUUGGAGCCUGCUCAGGUGGUUGGCAGGUUAACGACAGAAAGAGAGAAAUGUGAGUGCCAUGUGACGAAAGCUGAACCAUUUGCUCUUGGAUAUUCGGUCUCCACAGUGGAAACAUCAAGUGAGGUUCAUCAUGGCUUGGCCAUGGACUAUUUUACAGGUUCUGAGGAGAAAGCUUUCCUCAAAUGAAUAGUCGUAGAGGAUAUUGAACACAGGUUUCACUAGAAACAGUUUUAAUGAACAGUAUUUGACAGGAUCUCAGAAAUGAGAAUUCUGUUUUUGAGUAUUCAAUACUGUUUGCAUGAGCCUUUUACCUUUUUUCCCAUGCAUGCAAGUAUCUACAAGGCCCGUCUCUGGGCUCGUAUUAAUGAUUUACCCAGGGUAAACUUACCUGUGUUUUGACCAGACUCCAUGCCUGCAUCAUUGUGGAGGCUGAGAGUCGAGUGUCUACAACAUCGGCGUCUGAGGUUGGAUGUGAGCAUAGCAGUCGGUUCGAUAUCCGCCUACCGCAGCUGACAAAGGUGAGAAAAGUGUGGUCUCUCCCAGCGACUGGGGAGUCACCAUACCACCUUUACAUUCCUCUUUUACCUGCCAAUGUAUUCAUUUCUGAACCCGACGAUGGCGAUGAGCAGGAGCCCUGAGGUUUCCGGGUACAAACAACCCUCCGGUCUCCAACUUGAACAGAAGCAAAGAAAACUUUCGUGAAUAAAAACGAUCGGUUGAAAGAUUCAGUAUUUUCUUUUUCUUUUGAUUGAUCUCAUGUUAACCAUUCCGAAAUUUCUUUCUCUCCGAAGCUGAAUUUCUCAAUUACAGUUGUUUUUAUCUCGAGCUGUGAUUUUGUAACAUAGGGCACAUUUCGUUGGCAUUGUUUACUUGCAAUUCGUUUUGUGUGUGACAACGAUCAAAUUGAUAAUGGCAGGCAAUCAGGAGCAGGCUUAUUUCUGUUGUGCCAAUUUAAACACAGAGGAAACAAUCGACUUGCACUUCUUUGCAUGUCAAAUAUCCCAUUUUUAUCAUCAAAUGUGUAUUGAGGAAGUUUAUAUAUAUAGAACCGGAGGAGGUAAAGAGCAGGUAACACAAAUGACCUCGCAUGAUGAGUUGAGAAAAUAACUUUUACCAACACGUGACACGUGACUUUCGUGUUCUUGCUCGGCAAAGCGCCUCAAGUUGUUGUUGUGGGAGCAGAAUGUGAUAUACAACACUGCGCAUGCUCAGGGAAAAGGUAACACUUCCUGUGGACAGUUUGUCAGGUGACUUGGAAUGGAACUAUCAAGUUACCCAACACCUGUCAACGUGUGUAGUCAACAGCAAACCGUCGGGGACACGCCGUCCGGUCUGACCAACAACUUAGUCCAUCAGGGUCAUCGUAAUUCAAGUCUUUGCAACUUUUGUUUGGCGUUGGUAGUGCAGUGGAGAAGGUCAGAGUUCAGCUUGGUUACUCGCUUCCGCCAGAGACUUCCUGCAAGUACGCAGUCAGACGACAGGUGAGAUUAGUCGCUCCCCCUGGUAACGGGGUAGGUGCUGGAGGUUAUUUAGUCGAGUUCCACUCACAUACAGGGCGACAGGACCAGCAAUUAGAUUGGUAGACUCUGGCAUCGAUUUGUCUUCAAAGACAGCCUCCGCAGCUAGUUACAGGCGGCUUGGCCAGAGUUCAUUUGUCACUAACUUUUCCAGCUGUUAUUGUAUUACUAGCUUUCGAUUUAUCACUUCAUCUGAGUCGAACGGAAUUAUACACGGUGAAACAUA